UUGGAGGCACAUCCAUAAUCUACUUCACUCUUGUCCAAUUCUUAUUUUAAUCAAUUUUCACACCAGUGUUUUAAUGUCACGUCGGGAAAGACGCUUACCAAAAUGGAGAUAUCACAUACAUUCCGUUGGGACCAUGUCCUGAUUCUGGCAGCGGCACUUACGUCACCUGCAAUCACGGUGCUGUGUAAUGACAUCCUGGGUCUGAAGGUGGCAGGAGAUCCGGUUCUGACCCCUAACUCUGUCUGCCUGAAGCUGGCGGGCCUGAGCAAGCGUCAGAUGCGUCUGUGUGUUCGGAGCCCCGACGUGACGGCCUCGGCCCUGCAGGGCAUACAGGUGGCCAUCCACGAGUGCCAGCACCAGCUCAGAGACCAGCGGUGGAACUGUUCUACCCUGGAGAGCCACGACAAGCUGCCCCACCAGAACGCAAUCCUCAACAGGGGCUUCAGGGAGACUGCCUUCUCUCUGUCUCUGCUGGCAGCGGGUGUGGCACACUCCGUGGCUUCCGCCUGCAGCCUGGGCAAGCUCCGGGACUGCGGCUGCGAGGCCAAGCGUCGCCUGGACGAUGACAAGAUCCGUCUCAAACUCACCCAGCUGCAGCUGCAGACCCUACAGAGAGGCGGGGCCAGAGCGGGCAUGGGAGGGGGCGGGGGAGGUGGGCCCCCCCCCAAGGAUUUCAGAGAUGUGCCAGCCAGCCUGCGUUCUGGUUCUACCCACCCCUCCUCCCUCCUCAAUCCCCUGCCAGAGGACUUCAGCCCCCUGCAGGAAACCUGGGAGUGGGGGGGCUGUAGCCAUGACACCCACUUCGGCGAGAGAUUCUCCAGGGAUUGGUUGGACUCCCGUGGGACUCCGAGGGAUAUCCACGCCCGUAUGAGGAUACACAAUAACAGGGUGGGCCGACAGCUUGUCACGGACAACAUGAAGCGGAGGUGUAAGUGCCACGGCACGUCAGGCAGCUGCCAGUUCAAGACCUGCUGGUACGUGUCUCCUGAGUUCAGGCUGCUGGGUUCUCUGCUGAGGGAUAAGUUCCUCGCUGCCAUCUUCAUCAACUCCCAGAACAAGAACAACGGGGUGUUCAACCCCCGUGUUGCAGCCAGCAAUGGAGCCUCGAAUGGGGUUAGGAACAGGGCUGGAGUGGGGUCCAGAUCUGGGUCUGGGGGCGUUGGGAGCCCAAACAAUGGGGGUCGGCGGAGGCCGAGUGUGUCACGGGAGCUGGUCUACUUUGAGAAGUCUCCAGAUUUCUGUGAACGGGAGCCAUCCCUGGACUCUUUGGGCACCCAGGGACGGAUCUGCAACAAGACAAGCCACAGCAUGGACAGCUGCGGGUCCCUGUGCUGUGGGAGAGGACACAACAUCCUGAAGCAGACACGUAGUGAGAGGUGCCACUGCCGCUUCCACUGGUGCUGCUACGUGCUCUGUGAGGAGUGUCGAGUCACUGAGUGGGUCAACGUCUGUAAGUAGACCAGUAGCGUCCUGUGAGGACCCAUCCGAUAGCAUGGCAUGGGAUCCACCCAUUGACUCGCCAAUGUACUACGCACAAACCCACACAACUAAACCUUUCAUUUAGUAUAUGGGUAGACGAUGGGUAGAUGGGUAGACAAUCCACUUCUUCUACUAAGGCCCAUCCAGGACUCUUACUUACUUAUUUAAUUAAUAAUCUUCAUGCCUUGGGACACAUGGGGCCUUCAUAAGAGAGAGAGAGUGCUACUAUUUCUAGUCAGCAUUGGCAGCCUUCUUGGUUAGGGUUCCUGUCAGGCCACAGUCUUUGAUGUUCUUCUCAACUGUCCUCCAGGUUUCUCCUGGACAUUUUCAGGACACAGAAUGGCGAAAUCUACCCUUUAACUCUGUCCAAUGUACACACAUCCACCCAACCAAACCUUUCAUUUGUGUCUCCCACAUAAUCUGUUUAUCCCCCACUUCUUCUUCUUCUUCUUCUUCUUUUUCUUCUUCUUCUUCUUCUUCUUCUUCUUCUUCUUCUUCUUCUUCUUCUUCUUCUUCUUCUUCUUCUUCUUCUUCUCUUUUUUUAUUUUCUUUCCGUCAUCUGGGAUCUAUUUUCCCUUUGUUGCCUGUUGUUAUUCUCAAAAUGCCAAGUCAGAGAUUGAAGACGAGGUGACUCAUGUCAUUUGUCUUUCUUUCCUCUGCCUGUUUGGAUGCAGACCUUUCAGCCAUGAGAAUCAGAAUGCCCUGGACCCCAUCUGCUGUUCUGUUCUGCGCUCCCCUGGUCUCUGCUCAGAAACAAAGAACACUCAAACAGCAGGAACGCAUUAUUAUUUCAACUAAGUAAUACCUAGGCUACUAUUACAGUGUACAGUUUUUGUGUACAUGAAACAUUUAUAUUAUUUUUGUGUGUGAAUUUAUUUAGACUCCGUUGCUUGGCAUCUGCUGUGUGGGACCAGUUUAUGAGAGGAACAUACACUCUAAAAAGAAAAGGUUCCUGGAGGAUCCUUUAAGGGUUCUUCAAAUUGAA